AUGGGCAGCAUUGCGACGACAUCUCUGGAGGCACGGUUACUAUGUCGACAGAACCGUUUGACAAACACCUCUGGUGUAGCCCCAGGCUAUCUGCAAGCAAACUUACUAGUCUUACCCGCGAAGCAUGCAUCUGACUUCCACAAUCUAUGUUUACGCAAUCCAGUCGCAUGUCCACUUCUAGGGAUAAGCUCCAAGCCAGGCGAUCCGCAUACAAUCAAACCACCGGCCUGCAUCCAGUCCACCGAUUUUGACGUUCGAACGGAUUUUCCAAAAUAUAGGGUCUACAAGGAUGGGAGAUACCUAAGCGGUCACUGCGAUAUUCUCGAUCUAUGGAAGGAGGACCAUGUCGCCUUUCUGAUCGGGUGUUCAUUCUCAUUUGAAGAUGCUUUGACCGCUGCAGGCCUUCAGCCUCGACAUCAACAAACAGGUUCCAUUGUGGCUAUGUAUAAGUCUAACAUCCCGUUGCUACCAGCGGGCAUCUUCACUGGUGGCCGCUGUAUUGUUUCUAUGCGUCCAUAUCGGCCCGAGCAGAUUGACCGCGUUCGAGAAGUCACGCGUCCGUAUCUUUCGACUCAUGGCGAGCCUGUCGCUUGGGGCUGGGAUGGUGCUAAAGGACUUGGUAUUCUUGAUGUUGACAGUCCGGACUUUGGUGAUGCGCAGGUAUUUGAGGAUGGCGACGUGCCUGUCUUUUGGGCCUGCGGUGUGACUCCUCAGAUGGCAGUGGAAGCUGCUGGAGAUCGUAUUGAUGGACUUGUCUUUGCCCAUGAGCCUGGUCACAUGCUAGUGACUGAUUGGACGGCUGCUGAUCUAUAA